UAGUGUUGACAGGUCUGUUGGUUGAAGGCGUAGACUGUAUUUAGAAGAGGUUGAAGGUGGCUGAAACAUCUGCCUGUGAUUAGAUCCUAUCUGUUCUUCAACAUGUCUGCCAGGAACCCGGGGAUGAAGCUCGAUCUGGGCUGGAUAUCUAAAGUGAGAGUGAACACACACGCUGUCCUGAAGAGAGCUCAGACCAUCCAGGGACACAAGACCCCCAAGAAACAGUGGCAGGCGGCCUGGCUGCUGAAGGCUGUCACCUGUAUCGACCUGACAACUCUUGCUGGAGAUGAUACGCCGUCCAACGUCCACCGGCUGUGUCUGAAAGCCAUCCAGCCGGUCCCAUACCACCUGCUCAACAAGAUGGACAUGCACGACCAAGGAGUAACUACUGCAGCCGUGUGUGUGUAUCCGUCUCGGGUGGCUGACGCCGUUAAAUCACUGAAAGCAGCCAACUCCAGCCUUGCUGUGGCCUCAGUGGCCACUGGUUUCCCAGCAGGCCAGACACCGCUGGAGACCCGGCUGCAGGAAGUCCGCUUGGCGGUGGCUGACGGUGCCACGGAGAUCGACAUCGUCAUCAACAGGACGCUGGCGCUCACGGGACAGUGGGAAGCCAUGUACGAGGAGGUGCGUCAGUUCCGGGAGGCCUGUGGGGACGCCCACAUGAAGACCAUCCUGGCUGUGGGAGAGCUGGGCACCUUCACCAAUGUGUACAAGGCCAGCCUGGUAGCCAUGAUGGCCGGUUCGGACUUCAUCAAGACAUCCACAGGAAAGGAGUCUGUCAACGCCACUUACCCUGUCGCCAUAGUGAUGGUGAGGGCCAUCCGGGACUACUUCUUGUGUACAGGCCAUAAGGUGGGCUUUAAGCCAGCGGGGGGGAUCCGCACGGCUCACGAGUCUCUGCUGUGGCUCACGCUGAUCAAAGAGGAGCUGGGAAACGAUUGGCUCUGCCCGCUCCUUUUCCGCCUCGGAGCCAGCAGCCUAUUGGCUGACAUCGAGAGGCAGAUCUACCAUCAUGUGACAGGACAGUAUGCAGCCUAUCAUGAGCUGCCUAUGGCCUGAAGCUGUGACUUCCUGUUUUAAUGACCAAUCAGAACCUCAGACUCACCACACAAGCCUGACAGUGUUGUUCAGUGCUGAACAGUAACUGAACUGACUGGGACCAAUGUCUGUGACACAAAGAGAACGGCUUCUUCAGAAGCAUAUUACUGUACUACAUUAUACACUUGUCACAGUAUUUUGUUACACAAUAAACUGUGUGUCAUGUUUGGCAGUCAUUGUGAA